AUGGCCGAGUACAAAAACACCACCUAUUAUCAAGGCAUUUUAAAUAAAUAUAAAGAUGAAAUGGAAUAUAUAUCAGAACAUGCUGGAACAACUUUUGUGGAUAUGUAUCAAGUCUAUAAGUUGUAUAAUGUUCUUAAGCAACAAGUAAGUUAUUUAAUGAGAAAAAUAAUACUGGACACAAAGAAAAAGAUUUGCGGCUCCUUGGUACCUUCAAAUCGUCAACUAUUUAUAUAUUCCGCCCACCAGUUAAACGUUGCUUGUUUUUUGCACACCCUUGGCUUGUACGAUCCUCCCCAUACUCCAAAUUUUGGCGCUCAUGUUACAAUUGAAAUCCAUAGAAUUCACAAUACAGAAUACGUCAGGGUAAGAUAUUUUUUAAUAAAGAAUGAACGCAAAUUCAAAUUUGACAUCUUUUUUAUUAAACUUAUAUUUAUUUUAUGUUUUAUUUAA